GGAAAACGCGGGGCAACUGGAGUCAGCGUGGGGCAGCCUGGAUUGGCACCAUCAGUGUGGGUCAGCAGGGGUCAGUACAGGUCAGUGUGGGUCAGUACAGGUCAGUGUGGGUCAGUGUGGGUCAGUACAGGUCAGUGUGGGUCAGUACAGGUCAGUACAGGUCAGUGUGGGACAGUACAGGUCAGUACAGGUCAGUGUGGGUCAGUACAGGUCAGUGCGGGUCAGUACAGGUCAGUACAGGUCAGUGCGGGACAGUACAGGUCAGUACAGGUCAGUGUGGAUUGGUACCGGUCAGUGUGAGUUAGUACAGGUCAGUGUGGACUGGUACCAGUCAGUGUGGGUCAGUACAGGUCAGUGUGGAUUGGUACUGGUCAGUGUGGGUCAGUACAGAUCAGUGUGGGUCAGUACAGGUCAGUGUGGAUUGGUACUGGUCAGUGUGGGUCAGUACAGGUCAGUGUGGGCCAGCAGGGGUCAGUACAGGUCAGUGUGGACUGGUACCAGUCAGUGUGGGUCAGUACAGGUCAGUACAGAUCAGUGUGGGUCAGCACAGGUCAGUGUGGAUCGGUACCAGUCAGUGUGGGUCAGUACAGGUCAGUGUGGGUCAGUACAGGUCAGUGUGGGUCAGUACAGGUCAGUACAGUUCAGUGUGGGUCAGUGUGGGUCAGUACAGGUCAGAGUGGGUCAGUGUGGGUCAGUACAGGUCAGUGUGGGUCAGCACAGGUCAGUGUGGGUCAGCACAGGUCAGUGUGGGUCAGUACAGGUCAGUGUGGGUCAGUACAGGUCAGUACAGGUCAGUGUGGGUCAGUACAGGUCAGUACAGGUCAGUGUGGGUCAGCAGGGGUCAGUACAGGUCAGUGUGGGUCAGUGUGGGUCAGUACAGGUCAGUGUGGAUCAAUAUAGGUCAGUACAGGUCAGUGUGGGUCAGUACAGGUCAGUGUGGAUCAAUAUAGGUCAGUACAGGUCAGUGCGGGACAGUACAGGUCAGUACAGGUCAGUGUGGGUCAGUGUGGGUCAGUACAGGUCAGUGUGGGUCAGUGUGGGUCAGUACAGGUCAGUGUGGGUCAGUGUGGGUCAGUACAGGUCAGUGUGGGUCAGUGUGGGUCAGUACAGGUCAGUGUGGGUCAGUACAGGUCACUGUGGGUCAGCAGGGGUCAGUACAGGUCAGUGUGGGUCAGUACAGGUCAGUGUGGGUCAGUACAGGUCAGCAGGGGUCAGUACCAGUCAGUGUGGGUCAAUAUAGGUCAGUGUGGGUCAGUACAGGUCAGUGUGGGUCAGCAGAGGUCAGUGUGGGUCAGUACAGGUCAGUACAGGUCAGUGUGGGUCAGUGUGGGUUAGUACAGGUCAGUGUGGGUCAGUGUGGGUCAGUACAGGUCAGUGUGGGUCAGUGUGGGUCAGUACCGGUCAGUGUGGGUCAGCAGGGGUCAGUACAGGUCAGUGUGGGUCAGUACAGGUCAGUGUGGGUCAGUGUGGGUCAGUACAGGUCAGUGUGGGUCAGCAGGGGUCAGUACAGGUCAGUGUGGGUCAGUGUGGGUCAGUACAGGUCAGUGUGGGUCAGCAGGGGUCAGUACCGGUCAGUGUGGGUCAAUAUACGUCAGUGUGGGUCAAUAUAGGUCAAUACAGGUCAAUAUGGUUCAAUAGGGGCCACCAUACAUCGAUACUGGUCAGUGUGUGUUAAAAGGGGUCAACAUGGAUCAAUACAGGUCAAUGUGGGUCAGCAUGGAUCAAUACAGGUCAGUGUGGGCCAACAUGGAUCAGUGUGGGUCAGCAUGGAUCAAAAUGGAUCAACGUGGGCCAACAUGGAUCAAUACAGGUCAAUGUGGCCCAAUAUGGAUCAAUACAGGUCAACAUGGGCCAAUAUGGAUCAAUACAGGUCAACAUGGGCCAACAUGGAUCAAUACAGGUCAACAUGGGCCAACAUGGAUCAGUACAGGUCAACAUGGGCCAACAUGGAUCAAUACAGGUCAAUGUGGGCCAAUAUGGAUCAAUGUGGGUCAACAUGGAUCAAUAUCAGUCAACGUGGGUCAACAUGGAUCAGUGUGGGUCAACAUGGAUCGAUACAGGUCAACAUGAUCCCAAAAUGGAUCAAUGUGGAUGGAUCAAUCAAAUGAUCAAUCAAUGGAUCAAUCAAAAUGGAUCAACAGAGGUCAGUGUGGGCCAACAUGGAUCAAUACAGCUCAAUGUGGGCCAAAAAAGAUCAAUACAGGUCAAAAUGAGCCCAAAACAGAUCAACUUAGGUCAACAUGGAUCAGUAUGGGCUUCCAUGGACCAAAAUGGAUCAGUGUGGGUCAACAUGGAUCAAUACAGGUCAACAUGAUCCCAAAAUGGAUCAAUGUGGAUGGAUCAAUCAAAUGAUCAAUCAAUGGAUCAAUCAAAAUGGAUCAACACAGGUCAGUGUGGGCCAACAUGGAUUGAUACAAGUCAAUGUGACCCCAAAAUGGAUCAGUGUGGGUGAACAUGGAUCAAUAAAGGUCAGUGUGGGUCAACAUGGAUCAAUGUGGGUCAGCAUGGGCCAAAAUGGAUCAGUGUGGGUCAAUAUGGAUCAAUACAGGUCAACAUGACCCCAAAACGGAUUGACAUGGUUCAAAUGAGCCCAAAAUAGAUCAGUGUGGGUCAAGAUGGAUCAAUAAAGGUCAAUGUGGGUCAACAUGGAUCAAUACAGGUCAGUGUGGGCCAAAAUGGAUCACUGUGGGUCAGCAUGGGCCAAAAUGGAUCAAUGUGGGCCAACAUGGAUCAGUGUGGGCUUCCAUGGACCAAAAUGGGUCAGUGUGGGUCAACAUGGAUCAAUAAAGGUCAAUGUGGGUCAAAAUGGAUUGAUACAGAUCAAUGUGGGUCAACAUGGAUCAAUAAAGGUCAAUGUGGGCCAAAAUGCAUCAAAGUGGGUCAAAUGAGCCCAAAAUGGAUCAAUGUAGGUCAACAUGGAUCAAUAAAGGUCAAUGUGGGUCAAAAUGGAUCGAUACAGAUCAAUGUGGGUCAACAUGGAUCAAUAAAGGUCAAUGUGGGUCAAAAUGGAUCAAUACAGGUCAACGUGGGCUGACAUGGGUCAAUACAGGUCAGCAUGGGCCAAAAUGGAUCAAUGUGGGCCAACAUGGAUCGAUACAGGCCAACAUGACCCCAAAAUGGAUCAGUGUGGGUCAUCAUGGAUCAGUAUGGGCUUCCAUGGACCGAAAUGGAUCAGUGUGGGUCAAGAUGGAUCAAUACAGGUCAAUGUGGGCCAAAAUGGAUCACUGUGGGUCAGCAUGGGCCAAAAUGGAUCAAUGUGGAUCAAUGUGGGUCAACAUGGAUCAAUACAGGUCAGCGUGGGCCAAAAUGGAUCAAUGUGGGUCAUCAUGGAUCAGUGUGGGUCAAGAUGGAUCAAUACAGGUCAAUGUGGGCCAAAACAGAUCAAUGUGGGUCAUCAUGGAUCAGUGUGGGCUUCCAUGGACCAAAAUGGAUCAGUGUGGGUCAACAUGGAUCAAUACAGGUCAAUGUGGGCCAAAAUGGAUCAAUACAGGUCAACAUGAGCCCAAAACAGAUCAACUUAGGUCAACAUGGAUCAGUAUGGGCUUCCAUGGACCAAAAUGGAUCAGUGUGGGUCAACAUGGAUCAAUACAGGUCCAUGUGGGCCAACAUGGAUCAAUACAGGUCCAUGUGGGUCACCAGGGGUCAACAUGGAUUGGAACAGGCCAACAGGCUCAACAUGGGCCAACAUGGGCCAACGCGUGCCAAGAUGGAUCAGUCCAGGUCAAGUAUGGGCCAACAUGGACCAAUACUGGCCAACAUCGAUCAAUCCUGGUCAACAUGGAUCAAGAUGGGCCAACAUGGAUCAAUACUGGCCAACAUGGAUCAAGAUGGGCCAACAUGGAUCAAUAGUGGCCAACAUGGAUCAAUACUGGCCAACAUGGAUCAAGAUGGGCCAACAUGGAUCAAUACUGGCCAACAUGGAUCAAUCCUGGCCAACAUGGAU